UGUGACAACAACAACCCGUCCACAGAGCAAGCUGCACUUUUCAGCUCAUUUUCUCCCUGUCAUUCUCUCUCAAUCUUUGAUCAAUGUACUACUGUAGAGAGCCAGCAUAGAUCCUGCAAACCCCUUCCUUUACACCUCCUCCUUUAAACUAGAAAACAAAACAAAAUAUAUAGAAGAACUCAUCCCGCUGGACUUUUUGUUUCGAUUUUUUUUCGGGACACUUCUAUACUGGCUGUAUACCUUAAACUUAUUUACAUAGGUGACCAUGGCAGUACCGGCUGCUUUGAUCCCCCCGACCCCGCUUGUCCCUCAACCUCCGAUUUCAACUACUUCAGCCACCUCUUCGCCCUCAACGACCUCUUCUCCUUCUCCUUCGGUCGCUCCUUCUGGACAGAACCUCUUUCGAUCGGAGCCGAUUAACACCAGCAGCAGCCCCGGCAUCCCCGUCGGCAGCCUGCCGAGCAAGCCGGUGUACUCGACUCCGUCUCCCGUUGAGAAUACUCCGCAGAAUAAUGAGUGUAAAAUGGUGGAUUUGAGGGGAGCUAAGGUCGCUUCCUUCACAGUAGAAAGCUGUGAACUGAUCUGCCUUCCUCAGGCUUUUGAUCUGUUUUUGAAGCACUUGGUCGGGGGGCUGCACACCGUGUACACCAAGCUGAAGAGGCUGGAGAUCACGCCGGUGGUGUGUAAUGUGGAGCAAGUUCGGAUCCUGAGGGGACUCGGGGCCAUCCAGCCAGGAGUGAACCGCUGCAAACUGAUCUCCAGAAAGGACUUCGAGACCCUUUACAAUGACUGCACCAAUGCCAGCUCUAGACCCGGGAGGCCUCCCAAGAGGACGCAGAGUGUGACGUCCCCAGAGAAUCAGCACAUCAUGCCACAUACUGUCCCAGGUCUCAUGUCACCAGGAAUCAUUGCUCCUACAGUGGCAGGAUUCCACCCACUCUUCUACAGAUUCCACUCUGACACGGAUGAUAUUUUAAAGGAUAGUGACAAAUGUCGGCAGACAACAGCAGAUGCUGAGUUUUACAGAGGAUUUCUUCAAGCUGCUCAGAGACUGCCCGGAGCACACCUUCAUGAUGUCAACACGUUCAAGUCAAGGUACUACCUUGGAUCAGGUCUCUCAGCCGCAGCAGCUGCAGCUGCUGCUGCAACAAACGCUGCCAUUGCAGAGGCCAUGAAGGUGAAGAAGAUCAAGUUAGAAGUCAUGAGCAGCUACCACAGCAGCAGUAACCAGCAUGGGGCAGAUUCAGAGAACGGAGACCUGAAUUCCAGCGUGGGUAGCUGUGAUGUUUCCUGGCAUAAAGAGAAACUUCAGUCUCCCCAUCCCAGCCUACCUGGACAGCAUAAGCGUUCAGUUAGUCACCCCCUUAACCCUGUCCAGCAGAACCACCUUCUACCAAAUGGUUUGGAGCUUCCCUUCAUGAUGAUGCCCCACCCCCUGAUUCCUGUCAGCCUACCUCCUGCAUCGGUUACCAUGGCAAUGAGUCAGAUGAACCACCUCAGCACCAUCGCUAACAUGGCAGCUGCCGCACAAGUACAGAGUCCGCCUUCCAGAGUCGAGACGUCAGUUAUCAAGGAACGCGUACCUGACAGCCCGUCCCCUGCCCCGUCCCUUGAGGAUGGGAGGAGACCCGGCAGCCAUCCCUCUUCUCACCGGAGCAGCAGUGUGUCCAGCUCUCCCGCUCGCACCGAAAGCUCUUCAGACAGAAUCCCUGUGCAUCAGAAUGGACUAUCCAUGAACCAGACACUUAUGGGAUUGUCACCAAAUGUAGUGCCCGGCCCCAAAGAAGGAGAUCUCGCCACCCAUGACAUGGGCCAUGAAGCAAAAAGAAUACACCUUGAAAAAGAUGAGACGCCACUCUGCACUCCGACCGCAAGAGACAGCUUUGAAAGACUUUCCCUGGCAGGACAGCAUUUACCUCCAGGAUUCACAUCACCUUUCCUCUUUCCUGAUGGCUUGUCUUCAAUAGAGACCCUUCUGACCAACAUACAGGGCCUCUUAAAGGUUGCCAUCGACAAUGCCAGAGCCCAAGAGAAGCAGAUCCAGAUGGAGAAGACUGAGUUGAAAAUGGAGCUUUUCAGGGAGCGAGAGCUCAGAGAAACCAUAGAGAAGCAGCUAGCUGUGGAGCAGAAAAACAGAGCAAUAAUUCAGAAGAGGUUAAAGAAGGAGAAGAAGGCAAAAAGGAAAUUACAGGAAGCACUUGAAUAUGAAACCAAAAGGCGAGACCAAGCAGAACAGACACUGAAGCAGGCAGCUUCUAAAGACAGUCUCAGGGCCCUCAACGAGUCUUUGACCCAGGAGAUGGAGGCUGACCGUGGCAGUGGCAGAACAGAUGCUGAAAGGACAAUACAAGAUGGAAGACUUUUUCUGAAAACUUCGGUGAUGUACUAAACCAACUACGCAGAGGCGGUUCUGUGACUAAAUUAAAGACUUAAAAAUGACAACAAAAAAAGAAGCUUUAGAGGGAGCAUUCGGAGCAAGUUCUUUGAGCUGGCAUGUAUACUUGUUUUUAACAACAACAAAAUAAUGAUGAAUACAUCUGAGUGCUCUGCAGAAGCUGCUAUUACCACCCAUACUCGAGGCUAGAAGGUUCAUAAAUAUAAAAAAGACUCAUCACAAAACAAUGACUGAUUAGUUGCUGUUAGGUAUUGAAACUGGGGCCUACUGCCUUUAGCAAACCCUACCUAAUACAUCCUGCAGUGAAAGCUGGACACAGCACAGCAGAAUGAAUUAUCCAGCAGCACACCUGGAAACCUUUUUUUAAAUCCAAUACUGUAAAGUUGAAGACUUUUAUACUGUACUCAAACCAGCAAGAAAGCUUCAUACACAUCAAAACUUUUACACUUAUUGUGAAAUAUACAAGUUUGGGAAGGCUUCUGAAGAAGUGUUUGGUUAGACUGCGGGUUCAAUCCUACACAUGAAAAAGAAACUUUGAUUUCAAAGCUUUUUAAAUUUGAAAGGAAAAAUGCAAUUUGCUGUUUUUUUUUUUUUUGUUUUUUUUUUUUUUUUUUUUUCCACCACAUUGUAUACUGUUGAUCUGAAGUGAUGGGAUGUUUUUAAAAUUAAUGAUAACCAAGAUGGUAUGUAUAUAAAAACACGGUAUUGAAAGAAGGUAUUAUGUAUGCAGUAGAUUUAUUAGGAAACAAAACAUUAAAAUUGGAAGUUCACAUUUUUUUUUUAAUAUUGUUUUUUAUUUUGUUGUGUCACCCUGGUGUCAGAGAGCUGCCUUUCAAGUUUUAAUGCAUGCAGGCAUGUAAAUGUUUGUCCUGGAGUCAUGGUAUUAAAUAAUUGGAAUCCUGGGUGUCUGGAGACAUACAAAGACUAUUUUACGCUAGCCUCAAAAACACACACACACACACACACACACACACACACACACACACACACACACA